AUGUGGGAGCACUUGCUGCAGUCCCAGGCCCCCUGGGGGAUUUUCAUGGAGGAUGACUUGAUGUACAUCCAUCCGGAAUUGGGCUCAUUGCUACAGAAGCUGGGAGAUUCCCUGCCUUCACCAGGGAAGGAGUGGGACUACCUCCAGAUCCAGGGUGGCUCAUGCCCGAACAACAGCCCGCUGCCCCUGCACAUCCUGCGGGGAACUGGCUACAACACAGGUAUGUACAUCAUCACCCGCGAGGCCGCGAAAAGCGCCAUUGAGGCGCAUUUUCCCAUGCGCGGCGGCCAGCUGGACAAUCCAGAAAAUUUCCUCCGCAGCAAAUGUCGCGGACACAAUAUUUGUCCUGUCCCAGUGAAGCAGACUGGCAUUGAGGAUACUGAUGUGCAGAUCCCGCCGAAGGCGGUCAUGUUGGAGGAGGAGCCCCUUAUUCCAGACUGCCGUUCCCUAGAUUCUCAGCAGAUGAUGAGGCCUGACCUCAUCUCUCCUGAGGACCUUGACCUGACCGCUUGA